AUGGCGAGGCGGGUUCACACGACGGAGGUGGGCUGCAUAGCCUGCGAGGAGCUCGGCGACCUCGGCGCCGGGAAAGAGGGGUGGCUCGUGGACAAUCCGAACCUCCUCUGCGCCAUCGACACUCACUGCAUCGCGCUCGCGAACCGAUCCGUGAUCGUGGUUCUCGGGUGGGCCGACCCCGACCAGACCCGGGUCAAGAUCCGACCCGAAUUGUCGCCGAUUGAGGCGGAGCACGUGACGGCGAUUGAGUGGCUGGUGUUUGAUGAGAUGCGGGUCGUUGUGGCCGGGACUUCGGCUGGUUGUCUCCUCUUUUACUCUUUGGCUGGGCAUUUGAUCCAUAAACAGAUGGUAUAUCCUGCAAGGAUCAUACGGUUGAGGGUGCGAGGAACGAAGAGAGAUUUGAACCAUGACACAUCCUCGGAGGAGGUUUGUGUUGUUAUGCCAGGCAUUCUCGCCCGUUUUGAUGGUAAUGAUAUUCAGAAUAUGCUGCAGCAGUGGUUUCAGGAAACACAGUCUCAAUUUUGGGAUCAAAAUCGGAGGUCUGAUGAUUUCGAAAAUUCUCAUGGAAAAUUACCUUACCAGUUAUGGAGUGUCAGCAAAUAUGGUAGUUGUGCUGAUGCAGCAAUCACUGGCAUAAUGCCUCCCCCACUGAUGGAAAUCCAGUCAAGUGAACAUUAUUUCUGUGGAAUUACUGUUGGAGAGGAUGCGGUUAUUUCAGCUUUCAGACUUUCAGAGGAUAAAAGUAGGUCUUUCGUGGGAGCUCUCUUGUCUAAAGUUGUGCCUGCAACAUUUUCAACAAUAGCCACAUUCUCAAAACUACUUUGGCGAAGUGAACAGACUUCACCUAAGAAAUUAGAAGAGAAGCCUCAAUCAUUUGCUCGAGCUUCUCCAUUGACAUGUUUGAAGGACUUUCCAAGAAAGGGUGAGAAGCUUACCUUAUCACCCAGUGGCACAUUGGCUGCAAUUACAGAUUCACUUGGCCGCAUAUUGCUUUUGGACACUCAGGCCCUUGUCAUAGUGCGACUGUGGAAGGGAUAUCGGGAUGCUAACUGCCUGUUCACGGAGAUGCUGGUCAAUAAAGACACAUCAGCUUCUAGUUCCCGUUAUUAUGAACCUACAAAAAGUGAUUACUGCUUGUGUUUGGUUAUUCAUGCCCCUCGAAAAGGAAUUAUUGAGAUUUGGCAGAUGAGAACUGGACAAAGGCUCCGAAGUUUUGUUUGUGCCAAAGGUAGCAAGAUACUGCAACCUACGUACAGAUUUGGAUCGUCAAUAGCCUCUCCUUAUGUUCCUUUGGAGGUUUUUUUGUUGAACGGUGACUCUGGUCAGAUAUCAGUUCUACAUCGAACUCUUUAAUUAAGUGUAAAUUAAUAAGAUAUUUGUAAA